GAGGACAGCAAAGCGCGCUGAAUCACCCAAUAAACGCACCACUAGGGCUAAGUCUAUGGAGAGGGGACACGACGAGACUGGUCAACCCGUGCCUGAGCCCGAGCCCAACGGAAACGAUGACGGAGUAGAUAAUCCUAGCGCUAGUCAGGAUCAGAAAGAAAAUCAGGAACCGCAAAGCAAGGAUAGCAAAGACCCAGCUGGAAAAAAACCACUCUCACCUAUUCCUGGACUCGAGAAUCCACUGAUGACACCAUCAAAGCGUUUAUUUGAUAGUCCGGAGCGUUCGUCAUUGCUUUCUCCUACAAAGACGCGUCCAGAAUUUAAGUUGCCUUCUGAGGCUGCGGUGUCCCAAUUGGUUCAGCGUAAGGACUUGAAGACGCUUACAAAUAUUCUCAACGACCUAACUACAUCGAAAACUGAAAGAAUGUUUCAGGAGUACAAAAAGCUAUCAGAACGAAAGCAACAGAUUAGUGAGACACUAAUCAACAACCUAACAAAAGAAAACCAAAAGCUACGCACAAGUAUCAAAUCGCUGCAGGUGAAUAAGCAGAAUUCAAAAGAGACAGAUCUAUUAAAACGACAAAUUGAGUCUCUCAAGCACGAAAAUACACGUUUGAGCUCCGAAAUCGAGUCGCUGAGCGCCAAGCGCGGCUCUAACCAAUCAACAAUCGACAAUGCGGUGGCAGAACUUGAUCUUAUAGGCACAAAACUGGAAAUCACUGAGCUAUUAACAGGACUUACAUGCCAAGAGUAUAUUGAAGACUCUGAGAACAUGAUAUUCAAGAUGAAGCAGCAGGGAGAGACUUGUUUUCUGAUUUAUCAACUUUUGAUCAGCAAGACGGGGGCUGGAGAAAUUGUUUACAUUCCAAUAAUGAAGCAUGAGGAAAGCCAGUCGGGGACGGAUCGCAAAGAGUGGACUGAGAAUCUGAACAAGCUUGAAAAAGUUCUGCCGGAUUACUUGCUGGACAAUUUGACAUUCCCAUCCAAUACACUUUAUAACUUCUACAAUAAGCUGGGAAGAUCACUCAACAGGAAAGUGGAAUGAAAAAAUUACAGACAGUGUCUUGAUUUCUACAUGAGAAAUUAUCUAUUCACAGGGAGACGGUGAUGGUGCCAUCUGCGUUCUUGUGCACUUUUAAUGAUUUGAGCAGUUCGGACUUGUCUUUCUUGAGUCCUUUGCGGGCUUUCUUGAGAACUUUGUAGAGCGAUUCAGACCCAGAAACAAACGAUGCAAGCGAUGGCUCGGCGGACUUGGUCUUUGAUGUUUGCUUAUUGUCUCUUUUCUUAGGUUCAGACAACUGAGGUUCUUGGGCUUCCUGUUUGUUUUUGAAAGACCCGAAUUUAGGAGCUUUCCAGCCUUUCUCGUAUUUUUCAGCUUCCGUUAUACAACUGGUAUGACUAUUGUGGUCGUUAUUGUAGAAUGUUGUAUUGCAAUCAAUACAUGUAAAAUAUGCACCAUUACAUUGUCUUUGAUGCACCGCCAGCUUCUUCUUGACCACUGUAUCGUUGCAAACCUCGCACGAAAAGGAAACCAUUUGAUCUGUAUGAUUUUUUUUUCGUUUUUUUAUUUUCUAGCAUUAGCAAAAAAUCGGCACUGCCUCAAAACACAUUAUCAGAUUCCCCAGGAAGUCUUUCGACUCUCUUUGGUUCCCAAUUCUCGUGCUCAUCCAGAAGGCCUUGAAGUUUGUAGUAUUCUUCUUUAAUAUCAACCUUCCGCUUUUUCUUAGCAAGGUCCAGUGCUUGUUGCUCGUCAAGUUCUUUCACUUUCUCGUCUCUUUGCUCGUAACGCAAUGCCGUGAAUUUGGAGAGAAUCACCGAACCAAAGGCCACAGACAACAUCAUCGGAAGACCGAGAUACAGAAACGAAUUCUUCUUAACUAGGGCUUGAUAGCGGCCUAUGAAAGAGCGUUCGUAUUCUGCCUGCUGGCGCUUGGAACGAAAUGUCU